AUGCAUCAUGAUAAGCACCCCACGACGAUCCCGGGCACGUGCCCCACCCCAUUAGAGCUCGGGAGGGCGGGUUGGGAUAUCCUCCACACCGCCGCGGCGACCUACCCUUACCAACCCACCCCCGCCCAGCAAAAGGCGAUGCGGGAUUUCAUUUACAGCUGGUCGGAGGUCUACGCGUGUGAGUGGUGUGGCUACCACAUGCGUCGCUACCUCCAAUCCCACCCCCCGCUCGUCGACGACAAACCCGCGAUCACCCGCUACCUCUGCGAGCUCCACAACGACGUGAAUCGACGCCUUGGAAAGGAGAUCUACGACUGCGAUCCCGCGAAUGUGCUCCGUCGGUGGCAUCCGAAAUUUCCCGAUAUGCAGGAUCAACCCCGGAUGGAAGAACGCGUCGCCGAGGCUUUUGCGAAGAAGGCGAAGGAAACGGCGGAGAUGGAGGCCGCGCAUCGCACGAUUGAACGUUCGCUUUUACGCCCAGAUCCCGCCCAGACGACCUCAGCGGGAUCUUUGAAUACCAAAGAAGAGUCUUUGGUGGUUCCCCCGCGCGGUGGGGGGUUUCUGAGUGGGUUUAAUUCGUAUCUCUUCGGGAAAUCGAAUGCGGGAUCGGCCGGGGAAGGCAGGGGGGUUCGUCGGGAGCCCACGGCGAUGAAUCCACCGCCUGAGGUGAAGGCGAACGCUUCUUUGACGGGGAAGGAGGUUGCCAGCCCCCCCCCCUGUGGCGACCACCGCGCCGAUGCAGCCGCCGUUGAAUGA